CGAGCGAGUGUGCGCGCGCACGCGUAUGCGUAUGUGUGCGUUUUUGCUUCUCCUCCUCUUUACUGCAAGGAACGAGGAAAGAAAGAGAGAGAGGGACAGAGAGAGAGAGUGUAAAGGAGGAAAAAAAGGAGAACAGUGCGCUCUGCUCCGCCGUGCGCUCUCCACAGCAUGCCGCAGUGAAGCGCCAGGAGGACCGCGGAGAUACUUUACGCACACACACACACACACACACACACACGGCACAGAGAAGAGAGACUUUUUACUGCACGAAGCGCACACGCACUCACAGCGUCUUCAACACUACUGAUUUCUCUCCCUGGCUGUGGGAAGUGGACACACAGACGAGUCACACAUCUCGCAGAGCUGCCUGGAAGUUGAAGUUGAACAUACAACUUUGCUCAAACACAACAUAUUGAAUCCCGGAGUUGCUGUCAUGGCCCCAGAAUUCAAUGCGUCACUCUGGUGAGCGGUGGGGCGAACCAGGCAGAAGACAUGUUGGCACGCAGGGACGGGUACCGCACUGAAACUAGCUGUAGUAACCAUGGAAACGGUGUGGAGGAGCUUGGCCUGUGUUGGGGUCAUCGCCAUGGUAACCGCCGGAGUGGGAGUGAGCAUCUCUGCCCAGGAGGGUCAAGCUGCAUUCCUCUCCACUCUGGCUCACUAUGAGAUCGCCGUCCCGAUCCGUGUUGGCCCUCGAGGCGAUUCACUGUACAAUGGCGAGGCCUCAGACAGGCACAGGCGCCAUCGGCGGAGCGCCGAGACAAAACAGGAGGUUCCUGAGCCACAGCUUUAUUACCAGCUGUCCACACCGAGCACCAGCCUCUUCCUGAACCUCACGCUGCAGAAUGGCCUGCUGUCCCGCAAGUUUCGUGUCGAGUACUGGAAGAAAGGCAGACUGGCAUGGAGUCACCCAUACUUCUCCGACUGCCAGUAUGUGGGGCAUCUGCAGCACCAGCCCCAGUCCAGCACUGUGGCCCUCAGUAACUGCAAUGGCCUGCAGGGGGUGAUCGUAGCUGGUAGAGAGGAAUACCUCAUUGAACCUUUAGUUUCUGCUGAAAACCAGACAAGCGCCGAUGAAAAAGAAGCGCGCCCCCAUGUGGUGUAUAAGAGAUCGUCUCUGCGACACCUUUACAUGGACCAGUCCUGUGGCGUCAUUGAUGAGAAACCAAGCAAAAGCUUCGAUUGGUGGCAGAGAACAAUUAAACCUCCCAACCAGAUGGGCCGUGGCCAGCUGCCACUAAAGCGUUCGGUUGGCCGUGAGCGCUACGUAGAGACCCUGGUAGUGGCUGAUAAGAUGAUGGUGUCAUACCACGGGAGGCGUGACAUUGAGCAGUACAUUUUGGCUGUCAUGAAUAUUGUUGCCAAACUGUUCCAGGAUUCUAGCCUGGGGAACGCAGUGAACAUUGUGGUGACUCGACUGAUCCUACUGAUGGAGGACCAGCCGACUCUGGAGAUCAACCACCACGCGGGGAAGUCUUUGGACAGUUUCUGUAAGUGGCAGAAAUCCAUCCAGCAGAGCAACGGCCAUGGAAACGCCAUCCCCGAGAACGGCAUCGCACCCCAUGACACAGCCGUCCUCAUCACGAGAUACGACAUCUGCAUCUACAAGAACAAGCCGUGUGGGACGCUCGGCCUGGCCCCAGUUGGUGGAAUGUGUGAGCCGGAGAGAAGCUGCAGUAUAAAUGAAGACAUCGGUCUGGCCACGGCGUUCACCAUCGCUCACGAGAUUGGACACACGUUUGGUAUGAAUCAUGAUGGCGUAGGGAACCCUUGUGGCGCUCGCAGUCAGGAGACGGCAAAGCUCAUGGCCGCACACAUCACCAUGAAGACGAAUCCCUUUGUCUGGUCAGCCUGCAGCCGCGAUUACAUCACAAACUUCCUCAACUCUGGAAUGGGCUCGUGUGUGAACAACAUUCCCCCGAAGCAGGAAUUUAUGUAUCCGACUACGGCGCCCGGUCAGGCCUACGAUGCGGAUGAGCAGUGCCGCUUCCAGUACGGAAUAAAAUCUCGGCAGUGUAAAUAUGGGGAGGUGUGCAGUGAGCUCUGGUGUAUGAGCAAGAGUAACCGCUGUAUAACCAGCAGCAUCCCUGCAGCUGAAGGCACCAUCUGCCAAACCAGCACUAUAGACAAAGGGUGGUGCUACAAGCGGAUGUGUGUGCCGUACGGCACUCGUCCGGAGGGAGUGGACGGUCAAUGGGGUACGUGGUCUCCGUGGGAGGAGUGCAGUCGUACCUGUGGGGGUGGAGUCUCUUCCUCUGUACGGCAUUGUGACAGCCCCAGGCCAACCAUUGGAGGACGUUUCUGUCUAGGCGAGAGGAAAAGGUUCAAAUCCUGCAACAUCGAGGAGUGCCCUCCUGGGUCUCAGGAUUUCCGAGAGAUUCAGUGCUCGGAUUUUGACAGCGUUGCUUUCCGGGGGAAAUUCUACACCUGGAAGCCGUACAGAGGCGGUGGAGUAAAACCCUGCUCUCUGAACUGCCUGGCUGAGGGUUAUAACUUCUACACUGAGCGUGCUCCAGCGGUGGUGGAUGGGACGCCGUGCAGAGACGACUCUCUGGAUCUGUGUGUUAAUGGCGAGUGUAAGCACGUGGGAUGUGAUAAAAUCCUUGGCUCGGAUGCUCGCGAGGACCGCUGCCGCGUGUGUGGGGGUGAUGGGAGCAGCUGCGAGGCCGUCGAGGGCAUCUUCAACGAUUCGCUGCCUGAAGGAGGUUAUGAAGAGGUGAUCAGGAUUCCUAAAGGGUCUGUGUUCAUACAUAUACAAGAGCUCAACAUUUCUCUUAAUUAUUUAGUUCUGAAAGGCAAAAGUGACCAAUACUUCAUCAACGGCAAGCUGACCAUUGACACACCACGCCGGUUCGACAUCGCCGGGACGACGUUCCACUACAGCCGACCUGCUGAUCAGCCUGAGACCCUCGAGGCAUUAGGGCCCACCAAUAUGACUCUUGUUGUCAUGGUGUUGGUAAGGGAAGAGAACCAAGGUAUUCAUUACCGCUUUAACCCCCCUGUAAACAGAGACACCCAGAGUGUCUUCACCUGGCACUCGACAUCCUGGAGCCGCUGCUCCGUCUCAUGCGCUGGAGGGUUUCAAAUCCAGCAGGUGGUGUGUAAGAAGCAAUCGGAUUAUUCAGUGGUUUUCAAUCACUUCUGUGACAAGAAGAGCAAGCCUAAAGAGAAGAAACGUCCAUGCAACACAGCGCCGUGUCCUCCGACCUGGUGGGUGAGCGAGUGGUCCGAGUGCAGCAGGAGUUGUAGUGGAGGUGUGCAGACGCGAGAGGUGCUGUGUAAGAGGAGGAUCAGCUCUACGGAAGAGAAGGUUCAGGACGAUUCAGCAUGCGUCCAGCCGCGGCCUCCCCUCACCGAACCCUGCAAUAAUCACACCUGUCCACCUGAAUGGCACGCCCUCGACUGGUCUGAGUGCACUCCCAGCUGCGGUCCAGGUUACAGACAGAGGGUAAUUCUGUGCAGGAGUGGAGAGAGCGGAGACAUCCUGGACGAGUCCGAGUGUCCCAAACAUAGCCGUCCCACCACCAGGAUGCGCUGUAACCUGCAGCGUUGUCCUCCUCCUCAGUGGCUCAUUGGUCCAUGGAGCGAGUGUUCAGCUAAGUGUGGCGUGGGGCAUCAGAUGCGUGCCGUGCAGUGUGUGUCACACACUGGUCUGCCGUCCAACGAGUGUCUGGAGCUGCACCGACCUGGCUUUAUGCAGCAGUGCCGGAGCAAGUGUGACAUCAGCGUCCCCACAGACAACCCUGAGGAGUGUAAAGAUGUGAACACGGUCGCAUACUGCCCCCUGGUGCUCAGGUUUAAGUUCUGCAGCCGCCCAUAUUUCAGACAGAUGUGCUGCAAGACCUGCCAAGGACACUGACCUCCUCUCUUCUCCUCUCUCUCUCUCUCUCUCUCUCUCUCUCUCCUCUUUUUCUCUCUCUUUGUGCUCCCUCGGUCUCUUCUUUCCAUGCUUGGAGUCCCAAUCCCACCCUAAAGUGAGAAAAAGAGAGUGAAAGAGAUCGAGCAAAGAAAUGAAGAAAAGAGAGGGACUGUGCUGCUGUCCUCCACUUCUCCAAACCAGCUGCUCUCGUGCAGUUCCUGUGAAUGUCAGAUGGUCAGAGAGAGAGACAUUUGUCUUUUAUUAGUUGUCCUAAACAUGGUGCUAGUUCUUAUUUCUUCCAUAUUUCAAACGGGAUACUUUGGUUCUACUAAGUUACAGCUAAAACAGAGCAUAGGACUGCACAGAUUACUGUUUUUUCCUGCUUAUAGGCUCAUACCGUUUCUGAUUUAUGAAUUAUCGAUCCAAGUAUGGAAAUACCAAACCUAAUUUCGCAAAAGUUAGAGAACUUCCUACAUCUGGCUUUGACUUUGUUUUUCUUUCCAAAGCUAACUUAAGAGACAGAAGCGCUGUAUUGAUUCAUAGAAUAUAAUAGACCCGGAUAAAGCACAUAAAGAAAAUUAAAUAGCAUGCAAAAUAUUUGCAGAAAUGUUUGUUAAUGUUUUAAAUCGAAAUAUUAAAGCUCAGCCUGUUUCAUGUACAAAAUUUCGGUGGAACAAUAAAUUCCAAAAUUCAAUGCAACAGAUUCAGGUUGCUUUCACACUACGGAGUCAGGCACGGAUCCGAGUACUCUUGACCCCAAAGUAUGGUACAUUUGCAUAAUGUAAAAACUUUGUACUGUGCCCGGGUACUGAUAAGUGUAAGGUGCUGGAACAUACUUGAAAAUCUGCUUUUGAAGACUGUGUGUUGUACUCGGGCAUGGACGUUGUACCCACAGGGGACCACUGGUUAGAAUACAACAAAUACCUCAUUUCCACUACACUGGUGCUGGUGCCAGGUGCCGGUUCUGGUGCUCUGGUGCUCUGGUGCUGGUGCUGGUAUGGGAACCACCGAGAACCGGCCCGCAUUUACACUAGACAGGAGCUCAGCGGGAGCUGCAUUAUAAUACGUCACAGGCCACGCCCACUAAACAGAAACGACCAUGACCGAAGUCAGUUUACUGGUUAUCCUCCAAACUGGUUAUCCUCCAAACAAUAUGAAAAUGUAUUUCAGUAUCCAAAAGCAGCUUAUUCGACGUGUUAUAACCGCUGAAAGUCUUUCUUUAGUUUUUUUAGCUUAUACACUAUUUGGUCGGUUGUUCGUGUGAAGCCUGCGACUGUUAGUUCUUUUCUUAUUUCCUCAUACACUUUUUUUUUUCUUAAAGCACUUUCCAAUUUCUGCUGAAUCUCGGCGAAUGUCCUAAAUGCAGCAAAAACGCUUUUGUUUCGUCCGCGCUCCACAUUAACGGACUUUGGGUCUCCGCCAUUUUUUUUAACGCGCCCUAUAACUCCUCCCACCGCUCGUGACAUCACGGGUUCUCGCAACUAGACCAGCAGAGUUUAGGGGCCGGUUCAGUGCUUAUUUUAGGGCACCAGCACCAAUUUUUUUUCUGUGGAAAAGCGCAGCACUGGUUCCAAAAUUGGGAACCGGCACGGAACCGGCACGGGAACCAGAGCAGUGGAAAAGGGGUAAAAGCCACCUGUCUCUUCUGAUAUCUGUCUAAUCAUGGUCAUAGUUGAUAACGUAGGAAAGCAGGCGACACGGAAUUUUCUCAUAAAUAUUAACAAUAUUAGGCAUAAUGAAAAGGUCGACAUCUAUAUAAUCUUCUUCUUCUUCUGGAUCGCAAACCAAGUUGGUGCAUACCGCCUCCUGUUGUUUGGGAGAACGAGGAUGUGCAAGUGUACUCGGGUACAGGAAAAUAUAACUGAUGUGAAAGCUGGCCAGCGAAGGAGAAGGGAGGGAGAAGCAAUCAUGCCUAGUGUGAAAGCAGCCUCAUAUUGAGCAAAUCCUGUCGACCAUCAUAUCAGUGGUCAGGUGUAACAAUGUACUCAUUUUAUCACAUUUGUUCAUCAAAUUGAGUACAUAAAAUUUAUACCCGUAGUAGAAUUACAUUUAAACUCAUAAAGUUUGACUUAAUUCAACAAAAGAAUCUUAAGGAAAAAAUGUAAUCCAUUCACUUUCAAUAAACGCUUUUUCCUGCUUAGAGUUAAUCAAGGAAUCUGAGAGAUUAUGAUAGGAAUACUUUAUCAAAUUUCACAGCAACGGAACACAAGUGCAAUUUCUACUUUCACAAAUGUUACUCCGUAAUUAAUCACUGCUCUUCACUUUUUCUACAACGGCCAUCAUGCUCUAGGGUAAAACCAGUAACCUCAAACUGACGUUUCUAUUCAUCCGCACAGAACUGAAAACAGACUGGUUUUUGUCCAAGCGUAGAACCAGUUCUCAGUCCCUGACUCUGCAUGGAACAUUCAGGUCUCUUUUUUGAUCACUUCCUCUUUUCUAUUUCUCAUAAGAUAGAGCAAUGACUGAAAUAUCAGUGUGUUAAAGCUGUAAUGUAAGGAAAACACCUGAACUGUGCAGUGCUCUGUUUAAAAAAAAGUCUACAACACUAAUGACCACACACUAUUCACUGUUUACAUUAUCUUGGUUUAUCCUUUUUGGUGUGUUUUUUUCCUUUUUUUAUUAGGAGCUUUAGGUGUUCGUGCUGAGUUAGGAUGACAUCAAACAUUUGGCAAAUGUACAGUUCAUCCAAUAAUCAUACAGUAUUUGCACAGUAUUCCUUUCUCCAAUGUAUUCGAUCAACGAAGAGACAGUCGCUGCUUAACUGUUUUGCGCUGAUGAUGUGAGACCUAGUGUUGCUAAGAAGUAAAUGAAACGUCUCAGUUCUGUAUUAAAGAUACACAAAUGUGUUUUUAGUCUAGAAAUAGAAAUCAGACUUCACAGUAUAGUCAUUGGUGCUGGAAUGAGGAAGGUGGGUGGAGUCAAGUGGCUUAAAGACACAUGUUAAUGAUUAUAAUAUUAUUUACAGCUAUUUAUUUAGCGAAAUAAUAAAGGAGCAUGAAAAGAUGAUAUUUUCAUGGCUGCAACAUGACGUAUUGUUCAAGUCAAUGUUGCAUUGCACAAUCUUCAGAAUCUUAGCGUCCUUCUAUUAAUCGGGAAUACUUGGAUGUCACAUGUUGCAUUAAUUAUAUCUCACUUUAGACAGAAAGAAAUAAAAAUUUUAAAAAGUCAAUUUAUAUUAGAAAAAAAUCUAGCUUAUCUAAAAAUUGUGGAAAUGCGAACACUUAGUAUCAACCAUUCAGUAUAAUAAGCUUCAUAUAUGCUGUAUACUGUAUAACCUCUCUGUGACUGUAUUAUGAUUGCCCUGAUCUUGCCCUUCGGUAUGGAAAGAUUUAUUAAUAAGUAUUAAUCUAACUAUGAUCUCAACACACUUAUUCAGAUCACUAGACCAACAUAGCAGGAGGUCAAGAUUGAUCGCUACCUUAUACUCUGGCAUGAGGCGGUAUUUUUACACAUCAAACAAUUCGAAUAAAAGGUAGUGUUCAUAGAGCUACUUAAGAGCUCCAUAAGCCCUUUAUGACACAAUGUAUCUCUACAUACUGUGCUAUAAACCGGACUGCUAGAACGCGUGCCGUGACAGCAUUCUAGCUAUAUACAUAAUCUGUCAUUAUGGUAACGUGACAUAGUUAUUGGACUUCCUUGGGCUCUUAUAAGCAGUAAUAAGACAAUUACUCAAGGGCAAGAAACAAUCUUCAUAAUCAUAUAAGAAAAACAAUCUUUUAUAUAACCAUCUAAAUGCCGAAGUGUAAGCUUAUUUCAUCAAACUCACAUGGUCAGUUCCAUCACCUUAUAGCUGUUAUGUGGAUCUGACACACUAGUAGUGCACUAGGCUAUAAUCACUUGAAAUAACAACCGUCUUUGUCACUUGACUCAGAUGAUAAAGACUCUAGAAAUGAUCAUUUAGCCAAUUCUUAAGUGUUUAUAAAUGUUUAUGUUAAUGGUCAUUAUGCCAGCCAGCACUUAUUAAAGAGAAAUACUUUCAAAUAUUUAUGUAGGUUAAUAAAUGGGUUAUGUAGUUUCUAUGUCACUUUAAUAUGAAAUUAAGGCAACCAGUGUUAGUCAGAGUAAGCAUUGCUGAGUGUGUUUAAGUUUCUGUUAGUUGUCAUAAAGGGCUUAUGUAGUCCUUUUGUCACUUUUACAUACAAAUUACAUAAAGUAGUAUUUAUCAGCUAACACCAUUUAUACAUGUCUAUUUAGUUUUACGGCCAUUAUAAUCAGGGGUUUAUGUAGUUGUUAUGUCACCCUAAUAUUAAUGUUAACAUUACAUUACAGUAAUUAGGGCUUAUGUGCUUAUGUGCAUUGGAGUCGGCACUUACAAACAUUACUGUAGGCUUGUGUCAGGUGUUAUAAAGAGUUUAUGUAGUUGUUGUGUCAACUUAGUACUAAAAUGUUUAAAAAGUCAAUUAAGUUAGAUAAUGCUUAUUUGAGAAGCAUUUAUAAAUGUUUAUGUAGUUUUAUACAUUAGGUGCUAUAACGUAAAACUAGAUAAACAUUUACUUGUUUUGCAGUUCUUAUGUUACCUGAUGACAUAAUUUAAAAAGGUUUUGUCGGAUGUCAUGUACAGUAGUACUAUGAACACUACCUAGAAUAUUAGCAAAGGAAAAAAAGGAUAGCUGUCAGUUUAAAGAGAAAAAUAUAUAGGAUACUUUGCAAAAAAAAUACUAAAGUGAUUAAUAGUAAAUGAACUCAUCACAUUCGGUGUGGAAAAUGUCUCCAUAAUGAAUAAAAUUCUAUAAGAGCUGUUUGAUAGACCUGACUAAAACAAAGCGGCAAAUUUAGAUGUUUUGUCUGAUUCCGCUUUGCUUGUUCCCAAAAAAAGGAAAAUGUCUUUAAUGUGGCUUGUGUUUAUCAAAAAA